GACUGAGUGCAAACAGUCACCAGCGUACAGCCAGAAACAAGAGGAGAUACGUGCAAACAGAAAGACUGACUGGAUUAACCCCGGCGGACUGAACACCGAAUAUUCAAAGGAGCAAAAAGCUGUGUCCUGUUUGCAGGUGAAACUGAGUGGAGAGAUUACAAACUGAGAGGAGCAUACAAACUGACCUGAGUGCAGCCGGACAGGUUGAGGUGGAAGAGAUUGUGGCAGCCCUUCCCUGUGGUCAGCUCUUCUUACUGAAAAGACAAUCCCUGCAGGGCUCAGGAUGCGUGUGACCUCCUCUCUCCUCUUAGCCCCCCUGCUCCUCCUCCUGAUCCAGUCCACCGAGAUGAAAAGACAGGGGAAGGGCAAAGGCCUCAGAGGAGCGAGAAACAAACUCACAGGGGACAGGGCGAGAGGUGUCGGGCGUCACAGCAGAUCAGGCCCCUCCGGGCGUGUAGCACCUGACUGCUCAGAGUCGACAGAUUCUGGAGACGUCUUUGUAGACUGUCAGGACCGACGCUUCACCUCCAUUCCCAGCUCACAGACCUGGUCCAAAGAACCCAAGCACCUCCUUCUAGCCCGCAAUCGCAUCAAAGUACUUCGUGAUGGGGCCUUCUUUGGAUAUGAGAGCUUAACUAGUCUGGAUUUGCAGCAGAAUCAGAUCUCUCAAGUGGAGGAAGAGGCCUUCCGGGGCCUGACACGCCUUACAACCUUGCUGCUGCAGCACAACCUCCUGGGAACACUUAGCGAGGAGGCCCUCAUCCCCAUGCCAAACCUUCAAUACCUACGUCUAUAUGAUAAUCCCUGGAAUUGUCUCUGCCCAAUGGAGAGUCUCAUACGCACUCUGCAGGUCCCAAGCAACCGUAUUCUAGGAAAUCAUGCCAGGUGUGCAGAGCCCAUCAGGCUGAAAGGCAUGAAGUUGAAGCAGGUUGACCCCGAGUUACUCUGUAAGGAGACAGACCCAACAGGCGACCCACAGCGUGACCAAACAGAUACUACGUUCCCUGUAGAGCCCAUUCCAAUUCGCACCAAACCAGACGCCACCACAUCUUGCCAUACCUACCAUUUCCCCCAAAUACGGAUGGACUGCAGUAACCGAGGCCUAACUGAGGUGCCCACAGGUAUUCCAGAGGAUGUUGUUCAUAUCGAUCUGUCCCAUAAUUCAAUCCGUCAUCUCAGAGCCAGAGAUUUCGAAGGAGCGAGGAGCCUCAGAACCCUUAACAUCAGUAAUAACAACAUGAAGCACAUCGACACAGCUUCCCUGUCUGGGCUCCUGCACCUUCAUGAGCUGGACCUGUCCGACAACAGCCUGCAUUUUGUCCAGUACGGGGUUCUUGAAGACCUUUACUUCCUGUCACGGCUAAAACUGGGAGGAAACCCCUGGGUGUGUGACUAUAGCAUCCACUACAUUGUGUACUGGCUGCGUCUGCACCCAGGGGUAAAGCACUCUGGCCUGCUGUGUCGCUCUCCUCCUGAACAUACUGGGGAGAGUGUGGAGGAGUAUGUGCGUUCCUACAACAGAGCGUGUCCAAAAGACAGACAGCACAGCAGAACAGAUCAAGACCAAACGGACCCUGAGCUAUGGAACACACCAAUGGAAGUGCAAGGAGAGAUUGAGGAGGAGCUAGAGCCGAGCCACUUGAGAGCACCGCAGAAAUACCAGAUUAUAAGGCUGUUCUGAAGAUUUGACUUUAAAAAGGCUAUCUGUUUUCCCUUCUUGCAUUUUCUUUCAAUAUCUGUAUCAGAUGGCAAAUCUACCUUUCAUCUUACUUUUAUGUUUUGUAAGUGUUUUAAAUCGAAAAUAUAGGAAUUAUAAACUGUUUUGACUAAUAAUUAUAAGUGAAACAUGUGUAGUGCACAUAAAAAAAUUAUAUCAGGUUA